AUGAUCAGGAAUAGGUCUCAGAAAAUACAAAGAAUAAAGUCUCCAAUCGGCAUAAAGGAAAGAAUCCCUGUACGACCAGUCAAAGCCAGAAAGAAGGACAGAUUAUAACCAAAGAGGAGGCCAAGCAGAUACUGCAUCCUAAGUUUCGGGUCAUAAAUUCCUCAGCUCUGAACGCAAUCAAAAAGAUUAGUAAUAAUAUGAGGAAUAUUCAGAUUAAGAGGAAAGCUAAAGACUUCAAACUCUCAAUGGUGUAUCCUUCCUGGUGUGAUAAAGGAGGCUACCUGAAAUACAUGUAUCUCUCGGAGAAUAAGAAAGCACACACCAGGACUAACAGCUGUGCAAGGAACAGACAGUAUAAGAUAGUUGACUCAAGCACUUUUAAUAAAUCAGUAGUGCAUCCGAAAAUUCAUGCAAACUCGAGCUUUUGUACAAAUCCAAAAAGACAAAGAUCCUCUCAGGUCUCUAAAAACAAGUUAACGUACUCUCAGAUCAUGAAAAGAGGAAUGAAGCUCCAUUAUGUAGAUACAAAGAAGGCAAAAUUGAAAUUCAAAAGAAGAAAACAUACCUUUUCUCAUAAAUUUUUGAACUAA